AUGUCCGAGUCCAAGAAGAUCACCAUGGAGCAGCUCAAGGAGCACAACACCCACGAGGACCUCUGGCUCCUCAUCGACGGCAAGGUCUACAACGUCAGCAAGUUCCUCGAUGAGCACCCCGGUGGUGACGAGGUUCUUGUUACCGAGGCCGGCAAGGACGCCACCGAGGCGUUCGAGGAUGUCGGCCACUCGGAGGAUGCGCGUGCGCUCCUCGGUCCCAUGCUUGUCGGCGAGCUGGAAGGCGGCACGCAGAAGAUCAAGACCACCAGCGGUGCCGUGACCAACGAGAACAACACCAACCUGAACAGCCACCCUCUCUUCAUGUUCAUCCCCCUCAUGCUGCUGGGUGCCUACCUUGCAUACAAUGCAGAUGGAGGUGCUGAAGGUGAUGCGCCGGCAGCAGCCGCGAACUCGAGCUCGAGCACCAUGAAUGGAUCCAGCCCGUCUCGACCUCGCGCUGACGCAGCUGCGUUUCUAACAUCGCCUUCGAAGCGCACGUCCAGCGAUCAUGGACCACACGAUUCCAAGCGGCAGAGACCGACCGCACAUGCCAAUGGCGACCUAGACUCGCUGCCGGACUAUGCGCGUCGUGUGAUCAUCGCGCUGGAUCUGGACGCGUUCUACGUGUCUGCAUGUCGCAAGCGCGAUCCUUCGCUCAUAGGCAUCCCGAUCGGGAUCCAGCAAAAGGCGCUCGUUGCAACCAUCAGCUACGAGGCACGUGCGGCCGGCGUGGACAAACUCGAUAGCAUCAAAGAUGCGCUCAAAAAGUGCCCCGACAUGGUGCUUGUCAACGGCGAAGAUCUUACGUACUUCCGCCAGGUAUCGUCGCAAGUGUGGCGUCUGGUGCGCUCGGUGGUUUGGCACAAGAGGGUGGAGAAGCUCGGGAUGGACGAGCUCUUCUGCGAUGUCACAGAGAUGAUCGACCACCAUCUGAAAACAGCUGCCAAGGGAAGGCGAUACUUUGAUCUCAACCCCCCCAGUGCGGGCGAGAAGGACCAGCAGUAUGGAUUCGAGUAUGAUGCUUGGCCGAACGAAGGCCCGGGACACGUUUUCCCGCAGGCUGCGUCGGAUCAUUUGAACGAGAACCAGCCCGACUGGUGGCAGGAACGCAUGCUGGCGGCAGCUCAUCUGGCCUUCUAUCUGCGCCAGAGGAUCUCGGACGAGGUUGGACUCACAUGCUCCGCUGGAGUAGCACCGACCAAGUCGCUCGCCAAGCUGGUGGGAGCACUCAACAAGCCCAACCAGCAGACGACUUUUGCGCCUCCCAUCGCGAGCUCUCCUGCUGGACGAUUGGCAGGGAAGAAGCAGGAGGCAAGGCUGUUGCAUCACAUCACCGAGUUCCUCGACCCGCUGGACCUGCGCAAGCUGCCGGGCUACGGACGAGUUGUGGUGGAAAAGAUCCGAGACCAUUUGCAUCCGCAAGCGACUGCAGCAGCGCAACGCGGCCCCAAGGUGCGGUCGAACUUCAUGGAGCCCACCAGCGUGUCGGAUGAAGAGACACACGGAGGCGGUGAAGUGGCUUCCAGCAAGCCACGGCUGAUGGUGGGGACGACGCGCAAGAUGUUGUCGCUGCAAGAGAUGGUCGACCUAUUUGGCGACGUCACUGGGCCAAGGCUGUGGGCGUUGGUAUGCGGACGAGAUGCCGAACCCGUGGUACCGGCUCCGGACUUUCCGCUGCAGAUCUCGAUCGAAGACACGUAUCCCUACCCGAGCCUUCGGGGCGCGGCGAUUCAUUCCGAGAUCUACCGCCUGUCGCUAUCUCUGCUACGCCGGCUGGAGCUGGAGCUGGUCUUGUCGGAGCGUAGCUCAACUGACCGCGAGAAAGCGAGUCAGCCAAUAGACGUGCGGACCGACUCGGGCGUUGUGCGCGACUACAAGGAUGCCAUGCCUGCUACUGCGGGCAAAGCUACCAAGGGCAAGGCAGCGAGUUGGGUGCGCUACCCGCUCAAGCUUCGGCUGAGCGUGCGCCAGGGAUGGAACAACCGGGUCUCGAAACAGGCGCUGAUGCCGGUGGAGAUCUUUGAGCUGGAGCAGCCGAGGGAGGUGCGUGCCGGAGCGAUGGCCAAGGCAUGCAAGACGCUGCUGCGUGCGCUCAUCGGUGGCGACGACGUGGUGGGCGAUGGCAUGAACCUGAUCAACAUUGCGGCGCUGGAGCUGAGCGACAAAAGGCCGCAGAGGGCGUUGGGCAGCUUCUUUGCAUCGGCAUCAGCUGGCACAGAGCGCAGUAUUGGCGCAAGCUUUUCAAAGAUGCCAGAGGCGGAGACGGGCGAGAUUGACGCAGCGGUACUGGCAAGUCUGCCUGCCGAGCUGCGCGAGGAGAUCAUGGCCGAGUAUGGUCUUGGUGCGUCGCUCGAACGAGACCCAGGGCUGCGAAGCGCGGACCGACUGUCGAUGGUGGCACCUGUCAAAGGCGCCGACGUGGAUGCUGGGACAGCUUCGCUGAGGUGCGCCACGUGCGGAGAAGCGAUGGAGGUGUGGAUGCAGCACGACCACGAGCUGUAUCCGCUGCUCGGACUCCCCGUCGAAAGCGCAUCUGCGCAUCUGGUCGCACGCUCACGAUCAUCAUCACCGCCACCAUCGACGCUGAUCCCAUCUCAAAGUGCGGAGGACAACGGGCAGGAUGCUGUCGUUGGAUCUGCUGAUGACGACUCGGAGCAGGACGAAGAGCUGGAGCAGUGCAAGCUGUGCGGGGAGGCGUUGCGGCCAUGGAUGCUCACUGCGCACAGCCGAUUUCACGAGAUGGAGGAUGCUUUCGGAUAG